AUGGACCUCAUAAAGCUUGAGAAUCCGGUGGACGACGAACCGAUCCCGCCUCCUCCAUCCGUCGCCGAAGCGAUCCCAGAUUGGAGCAUUUGCGGCCCGCAGAGUUGCGGUGACCACCACCACCAUCCUGCCCUGGUUUACCCAGAUCUUGCCCAAGAAAAUGCGGCGGACUCUUCACCCGACUUCGUCUGUGAUGUCUGCGAUGGUAGGGAGAGCACCUCGCAGAUGCACCUGCUGCAUUGCGGUCACAGGCUCUGCCGUCCCUGUCUGAACCGGGCGGCGACGGUUGCCCACAGUACGAUCCUCGAGAACGAAGAGGAAAUCGACCUGCUUCUUUCACUUCACGACGACUUCGCUGAAGACGCCUACUUGAACCGUGACAAGCCGAAACUCGCAGCUACCCUCAAGGAAAAGGCUCUCUCAUGGCGCCGUGAAGCCUGGGAACUCUCCGGGUUCAUGUGCUGUGGCGAGAUGAGCGGAUUUUGGGAACACACGAGCUGCAUGGAUCCCGGCAUUGCCAAGGCUGCAUGGAAGGACUUUCACUACCUCCGGACACCGGUUGAGGACCGACUCUUCUGCGGCUGGCCUGACUGCAACGCAUUCGUCCCUCAGGUCUGUUGGUACGUCCGCGAGAAAUCGCCCCGCUGGUACUGCGUGUCGUGCGGUGGGAACUCACAGAUCUCGUCUUCAAACCGUGAUGGGAUCGAACGCCCCUGUCCCGCAAGGUAA